AUGUCUACCAAGUGUGAAGAAUGCGAAAAGUCAGUCUACCCAUUAGAAGCUCAUACUGCCUUCAAUGGAACUAAAUCAUGGCACAAGCACUGUUACAAAUGCACUGAAUGCAAGCAAGUUUUAACUUUAAAGACAGCUCAACCACACCAAGCUACUGGUCGUAUCUAUUGUAACACUCAUUAUCCAAAGGAAAAGGCUACUCAAGUUGCCGACUCUCUCUCUGUUUCCAAUGCUGUCAAUGCACCAAAGGUCAACACUGUCAACCAACAAGUCCGUGACGUUGAAAAGCCACUCGGAGCCAUGGAUAUGGCCACUUUUAAUGCUAUCAAUAGACCAAAAAUUUCAACUGUUAAUACUCAAGUUAGAGAAGGAGUUGAAAAGCCACUCGGAGCUAUGGAUAUGACUACUUACAAUGCUAUCAAUAGACCAAAAAUCUCAACAGUCAAUGAUCAAGUUAGAAAUGUUGAUGCACCAAUUGGAACUGUUGACAUGGCUCAUUUGAAUGCUAUGAAUGCACCAAAGUUGAACACUGUCAAUGACCAAGUUAGAAACGUCGAUGCUCCAUCACAAGGUAUUGACUUGAAGACCCAAAACGCUUUGAAUGCACCAAAGGUCAACACUGUCAACGACCAAGUUAGAAACGUCGAUGCUCCAUCUCAAGCCAUUGAUAUGAAGACACAAACAGCAUUGAAUGCUCCAAAGGUACAAUCAUACAAUGAACAAGUUCACUACUCUGAAUAA